AUGGAUGAUGAUAAUGGUCAGAGGUUCAACUAUGUUAUAGUAGACGAUCCGACACAUUCAGCACUUGGAUAUUUCAAAAUAGAAGGUGAUAAGUUGGUUACAGGUGAGACGCCACUGGACCAUGAAAUGCAGUCGGAGUAUACCAUUGUCAUCAAAAGUACAGAUAAUGGUGACCCUGCAUAUAGCGUUGAGACGCAGAUCAAGAUAAAAGUCGAAAAUAUAAACGAAGAACCAGAGGAUAUCAUUGUGGGUGCCUUACUGACCCUACCCGAGAACGCUAACUCUCACGCGGUUGUGACGUCAGUGGAGGUCGAUGACCCAGAUAUUGGACAGCACCACAUUUGUCAGGUCGAGCCAACGUCUCUUCCCUUCAGUAUAAAGACAUUCGCUGAUCAUCACAUGGAGUUGAUCCUGAACGGAGCCCUGGAUUAUGAAACUAAGGAGAAAUACGAUGUAACCAUUCGAUGUUCUGACGGAGUUCUAGAGAGAAAGAAGUCCGUACAAGUGCUGGUGUCCGAUGUCAAUGAACGACCGGAGGCGAUUCAAUUGAGUGGUACAGGCUCGAUUAUUGCCAGUGCACGUCCUGGUUCGGUUGUAGGAAUCUUUUCAGUUCUGGACCCCGACCCCCACCAAACACACACACUAACCUUGUCAGGUCCCAACUCAGACCUACUCCAGAUCGAAAGAUCGUCAGUCACACUAGCAGCACCCAUUCCAGAUGAAAUCGUGUAUGCGGAGCAUCCCGUGCUCAGCAUUAAUGUUACAGCCACGGACAAUGGGGUGCCGGAACCUCUGUCGGUCCAGCAGAUAUUUACUGUUGUCAUUACAAACGUACAAGUUGUUGUCAAACAGUUGCCUGUUAUCACUCUUAGAAAAGUGGAAAUACUUGAAGAUACGAAACCUGGGAAAAGCAUUGGACCAUUAUUGAAUGCAAAUGUCUCUGCUGGUGAUAUCGAUUUCAAAAUUACUCGCAAUCCAUUUGGGGCGUUUAAAAUUUCUAAGAAUAUAAGCUUGAUACUUGAUAAGAAUUUGACUGGUGUUGAAGGUGAUUCAAUGAAGGUGACUAUAGAAGUGAUAAACAGGGAGACAUUCAAGUCGGCUUUCACCGAUAUACUUGUUUUCAUCCUACGCAUAGACAAAUGUAAAAGACACACCAACAAGACUUGCGACGAGCACGCAAGGUGUGUGCAACAUAAUGAUACUUACGACUGUGAGUGCGAGACAGGCUACACGGGGGAUGGCUACCAAUGCACACGUAAUACAUACUGUGACGUCAAUCCUUGUGAUAGUGGUGGCCGGUGUGUCGACGGGAUAGCUGCAGCUACUUGCCUUUGCAGCGAUGGGUAUUCAGGACCUCAGUGUGAAAUAUCAAAUGAUUCAAGCAACCCGUGUUUAAAAAGCCCGUGUAAACAAGGUGGUAUUUGUUCCUUGAACGAUACACUUUCAGUUGGGUAUGAAUGUGAAUGCGAGCCGGGAUGGGAAGGAACUACAUGUGAAGAAAGCGUCGACGAUUGUAUCUCGUCUAUUUGUUACGGUGGAGGACAGUGUGUAGACAAGCACAUAACGUAUAUAUGCCAAUGUCCUCUGUUUAGAACCGGAACUAGAUGUGAAUACUUCCGGUCUUCAUGUGAAAAUGUGUCCUGCGGUUCAGACAUUUGUGUUCCCAUGGUUGACAGAGAUGAAAGCACUUGUGCUACUGAAAAAAGUGAAUUGGUCCAUUUACAAGUGAGGAAAAAUCAGGGUAAAUUUGACAAGGAAGCUUUCCAAUCCUGGCUUAUUGACACGAUUACGGCUUUUUACCGCCGGUCUGCCGGUGGAUCUGUCGAAAAGACUAGGGUUAGGCGACAGACUGUGACCGAAACGACGGUACAAGUGUAUGUAGUAGAUGUACAGGAAGUACAUCCUGGUCUAGUUGAAGUGGACUUCGUCGUUCUCGAUAGCGCAGAGAAAGUGUAUGAGGAAAAAGAGGUCUUGGCGGUCCUGUCGAAUACAUGUGAUGAACUGAGGAAAGAUCAGAAUGACGAGAAAGUAUUGUGUCCAGCAGUGAACAAGGCGUUGGUCAGUGACAACGGAAAGAGUACGGAGGACACUGGAUCACCUGUAGGAGUCAUAGCGGGAGCGGCUGCGGGUGUUGUAGUAUUGGUUUGCGUGGUGGUAGCUAUUGUCAUUUAUCGGAAACGGAAACAGCGAGGCGAUAGCUCGGACAAGGACACGCUAAAGUAACUGGUGGGUACCACAAUAGCGUACGAUGAAGAAAAUUGUCAUUUCUCUGAACUGCUGAGAAUUUGUCCUGUCUGCGAACUAUUCCUAUCAGGUCAAAAAAUUAUCACUGCCAUUUCUCUUGAUCGUUCCUUUCCUGUCCUCCUUUCCUAUCAACUGACUACUCAUUUGAGGAAAACACUGGUGCACUGGACGAAGAUUCGUGUUUGUAAGAAUGUAUUAACUGUCAAUAAAGUAAAUA